CAAUAAGUGAUUGUUGUUGUAAAGUUUAAGCAAUUGAACUUCUAAAAAAUAUCGAGCGAUCGAAACUAAUCAAAAAGUGCAAUUAAUAAGUGCAAUAAAACACGACGACAACAAACGUUGUUGAAAUAUCGCCAAUGUGUUCAUUGUUCGUUGUUUAGUUAAACGAUAUUAACAAUUGUAAAAUAUAAUUAAAACAAAGAUCAAUAAUGCAAUAAUUAAGAAACAAAACAAGUGCAAUUAAUACAAAUUUACAAUUAAUCAAUUAGUUAACAAUUAAAAGAACAACUUUGUCACAACUUCGAAACACGAAACAAACAAUAAUUGAAAUUUAAAUAAGAAAAGAAAUCUUAAAAAUCUUUAAAUAUAUUCCAUUUGAGGAUUAUUCCAAGCUCUAAGACUUUUGCUAACUAUAAAGCUAAACGGCUAACAAGCAUUGUUUAGGCCAUGUCUGAAAAGCAUGUUCUAAUAAAUUGAAUCUAAACUGUUAAAGUGCGCCGAACAAGCAGACGGAAGAGAGAAACUGUUGCAGAUACUAAAGCUCCUAGUAUGGUGCGGCUUAAUGUUAUCGAGCAACAAAGUAGCAGUAACAUAAACGAUAGCAGCAGCAGCAGCAGCAGCAACGGCAGCGGCAGCAGCAGCAGUAACUCAACUCACAACAACGUCAGCAGCCACAAUGCGGGCAGAUACUCAUCCGCAACAUCGUCCACGACGAGCCUGAAUAGCUCAUUGAAGUCCGCUUCGCCAGUUGCUAAUAUCGUAAUGGUGCAGAAUACACCGGUCUCGGCACCGCAAGCGGCACCACAGCUGGUGGCGCCAACGGUUCAGUUGCAGCAGCAGCAACAGCAGCAGCAACAGCAGCAGCAGCCGCAGCAGCACUCGUCCUCGGACGGCAGUUCAAACAAUUGUUCGCUGCCGUCGUCGCCGCCAUUGCUGCAGCAAACGGCGACACCGCCACAGGGUGCCCAAAUUGUGCCACCAGUGUGUGCGUUACAUCAUCCGCAGCAGCAGCAGCAGCAUCAGCAGCAGCUGGCUCUGCUGGCAGCUAUGCAACAUCAUCAUCAUAUGCUGCAGCCGCCGCCGCCGCCUAACAAUGGCAUACAUCAUGGGCCACCGAACCCUUCAGCCACGCAUCAACAGCAGCAACAGCAGACCCAUGAGAAUGGACACGGUGGCAUCUCGCCUAAUGGCAGCUCGGGUGACUCUUCGGCCAGCAGCGUUAGCAGCGUGUCAAGCAAUAGCGGCGUCGGUGGCAGCCAGGGAAGUGGCGCCAGCAAUGGCACCAACGGCAUCGGGCCGCCAGUUCAAGCCGCGCUGCCCCCCGGCCCGCUCUACAUUCAAUACCCAGGCGAUUUCUUUCCAUCGGAAUACUACAUAGCGCCGCACCCGCACGAGGGCAUCUGUCCACAGCAUCCACACCAUCCGCACGCGCAUCAACACCAGCAUCAGCAUCAGCAUCAGCAUCAGCAUCAUCAUCAGCCCAUGUGCGCCAUCUCGGCGGAAUAUGGUCCAACGGCCGUUCAAAUGGUCUCCCACAACCGGCAGCCGCCGACGAUGACGAUGCCGGUGCAGGUGCCGCCUUAUGUGAAUGAGAACGGAACCUUGACGCAUGUGGUGCUGCCACCGCAGCAAUACCAGCAGCUGCACACCGGCCAGGGACAUCUGCAUGCAGCGCCAUUCAUUAGCAGCAAUGGCACAUCGCAUUUCUAUACGCCGCUGCCCGGCUAUCCGCCCGGGCCAGGGCCGACGGGCAAUGGGCCGCCGCAUUAUCAUAUGCCACCGCCGCCGCCGCCGCAGUCGGGCGCCCAGCAGCAAGCCGCGGCGACAGCUGGCGUCGGCGUCGGUGCUGCGCCGCCAACGUCACAGACGCAUCUACAUUCCCCGCACUCGCCAUCGCCACCCAAUUACAGAGACGAGCGCAGCCAGCGACAGCAUACGAAGCUGCUGCGCAAGCUGGAGAAGCAGCGUGAGCUGAGUGACAUGUCCACGCCCACGCACUCGCCCUCUCCCCGUCGCAAUGACAUCAAUGGGCAUUACAACAACAGCAACAGCAGCAACAACAACAACAACAUUCCAGUAGCCCAGCAUCAGCACAACAACAACCACAUGCACAGCCAUGUGCGUGGACGUCACUUGGCGCAUCAACAGCCGCAGCCACAGCUGCAGCAGCAACGCAACGUUGCCAACGUGGCAAACGCAGCAGCGGGACAGCAGCUGGCGGCAGCUACGCGCAGCAGUGUGGGCGGUGCCAGCUCAGUGGGCACAUCCGAGGACGGCGAGGACACGUCCAGCGUGGCAGCUGAGGAUGAGGAGGACUACCAGGCCUUGAUCGUCGAGCAGAUCUCGGCCAUUGACAAGCCGGAGGUAAUCGAUGUCAGCUCACGCGCCGCCAAGAUCAUUUGGGUGCCGCCAACCAUUACGGACGCGCUGCUGGUCAACGUGCGGGAUCUGCGCUACCAAGUGCUGCUCAGCGACACGGGCAAGCAGUGCAAGUACAAGAGCUUGUACCGCGGCGAGGCGUACGAGUGCAUUGUGCAAGACCUGCAGCCGGGGCAGGAGUAUUUGGUGCGGCUGCAGGUGCACUAUCAGCAGCUGCAGGGCAGCGUCAGCGAGCCCACCGAGUUCAAGACGCCGGCCUGUGAGCCCGACCAGCCGCUGCCGCCGAAGCUAGUGUCGCGCACAAGGAGCUCCAUCAAUCUGCGCUGGACGGCGCCGGCCGCCAAUGGCGCGCCCAUUCAAUACUAUCUGCUGGACUAUGACGAGGGCCGUGGCAAUGCGCUGCAGUUCACGGAGCUGGCCAAAAUCAAGGCCAAGCAUUAUCUGCUCAACAAGCUGCAGUCGACAACGGUCUACAGUUUCCGCUUGGCUGCCGUCAAUGAGAUCGGCCAGUCGGCCUACUCGCAAGUGAGCAGCUACAGCACAGCUGGCAAUCCGCCCACGGCGCCGAUGGCGCCACAGUUGCAAGCGUGCAGCGCGAGCUCGCUGCAGCUCGUCUGGGAGCGGCGUUCGCAGGACGGCGACUUUCUGCUGCAAUUGCAGGAUGCCGAGUCCGGACACGGUUACCUGAACAGCUACAAAGGUGGCGAGACCCGCUAUGAGUGCCUGCAACUGCGACGCGCCACCAACUAUCAAUUCCGUUUGCGCACGGAGAAUGAUGCUGGUGUCUCGCCUUGGUCCUCGGAGGUUACCUACAGCACGGCUGCAGAACGGCCCGGCCGGCCGGGCAAGCCACAUGCCAAGGGCAAGAUACACGGCACACACUUCAAGGCGCGCUGGGAGCCGCCAGCCGACACCGGCGGCUCGGAUAUACUACGCUAUCAUCUGGAACUGAGCGCGGGACCCAGCUUCGAGCGCAUUUACUCCGGCAGCGAAACGGAAGCGAUGUGCGAGCGACUGCAGCCAGGCAUCACCUAUCAGUUGCGUGUCUGCUGCGAGGGUCCCGCCGGACAGAGUCCCUUCUCGGAGAUCGGGCAUGUGACCACAGAGGCAGUGCCACCAGCCGCGCCGCCACAGCCCCAUUGCGAUGCGCCACCAACGCCCUACGCAGCUCUCCUAAGGCUAGCCCAGCCGGAGAACAAUGGCGGCGCACCUGUUCUGGAAUUUGAGGCGCAACUGCGUUGCCUCGACGCAAAAGAACAGCCGCAAAUCGUGUAUCGCGGCAAGCAAGACUACUUUGUGGCGCAGCAGCUGUCGCCGGGUGGUGUCUACGAGGCACAAGUGAGGGCGAUCAAUCGCAUCGGCGCCGGCAACUGGUCGCAGUGGCUGCGCUUUGAGGCUGCCGCAGCACCGCCCAGUGCACCCACUGAGCUGGAAGUUGUGGUCAAGUCGGCGACACAUUUGACCGUCACUUGGAAGCCGCCGACGCAGCUCAACGGCUCGGCUGUGAGUGGUUAUAGCUUGCAGAGCGCCAGCCAGCAGCUGGAUGAGCCGCAGGCUGAGCCGCCCAGCACGCAGUUCCAUGGCUGUUACCAAGGCCCACAGACUCUGGUGGAGCUGCGCAAUCUGUCGCCCUACACACGCUACUACCUGCGCGUGCUGGCCAGCAAUGCGGCGGGUGCUGGGCCCGCAACGGAUGCUGUGUGCGUAGCGACGCCAGCCGCCGUGCCGGGCGCUCCACAGAUGCUGGGCUACGAGUUCACCGCACAGGAAGUCACCCUCAACUGGACGAAGCCAGCGUCACAUGGCGCCGACAUCAGCAACUACAACAUUGAGUACGGCGAACGAACUAUUGCCACGCCUGACGCCUGCACGCGCUAUACGGUGGGCGGCCUGACACCCGAGACGAGUUACAAGUUCCGUGUGCAGGCGGUAAAUGCGAUUGGCAGUGGACUCUUUAGCACCUAUGUCAAGCUGACGACGCAGCCAGCACCGCCAGCCCCGCCGCGGCUGGAGUGCAGCGGCUCUGGACACAAUUACUUGAAGCUCAAGUGGGGCGAGAGCGGCAAGACGGGCUCUGCUUCAGCUGUUGCGCCAGGCGCACUCAGUGGCAGCAGCGCAGACUUCACCAAGUACUACGUGGAGAUGUAUGUGGCAAGGGCCAAGCAAUUCCAAACGGUCUACUCGGGCACGAACUGCAUGUGCAAGAUACACAAACUGCAGGAGCGCAGCAGCUAUACAUUCCGCAUCUAUGCGCAUACGGAUCGCGCCGGCGACGGCGAGUACUCGGAGGAGUAUGUAUUCGAGACGGGCGCUACGCUGCCGGCCAAUAUUAAGGCGCCGCGAGUGGUGCACGAAGGCGUCUGCCUGCUGGACCAGGCGAGCCAGCCGCUAGUGCAAUUGACUCUCGAGUGGCAGCACUCGAAGAAUAGUUUCAACGAUCGCGUCGAGUAUGAGCUGCAAUACGCCGUUGUCUCAUCCGACUCGGACACUUCCAACUCACCCAAGGCGCGCAGCACCAGCAGCAGUAAUGCGGCGCCCGUAGCGCUAAGCAACCUGGAUUACCGACAGCUGUACCGCGGACCAGAGACCAAGUUCACCAUAGACAAUCUUGUGGCGGGCACCUGCUACCAGUUUCGCGUGUGCCCGGUGCGUGUGACCAGCGGCGGCGAGCUGUUCCAUGGCCAGACGUCGAUGGCACUGCGUUAUCAAGUGCCCAAAGAGCUGGACGCCAGCUCAGCGCCCUGUCAUCAUCUGCACGGCUCGGCCAUAGUGCCAAGUCAGACGACGCAGCGUUCCAGCCGCAAGCACUCGGACGCGAACAGUGUGCACAUGCGUUCGGUGAGUGCUUCGGCAAUCAGCGGCAAUAGUGGUGUUGGAGCUGAUGCUCAGGCAAUCGGACGGUUGCAACAUGAGCUGGCUGCAGCUAGCUUCAAUGCUUGUGGCGAUCCGCUGCAUCAUCAUCACCAUCAUCAUCAUCACCAUCAUCAGCAGCAGCAGCAUCAUCAGGCGUGCCCUGGCGAGCCAGCGGGCUCGACGGGUCUGGCUGCUCCGUCUGCGUCUACCUUGCAGCUGCGCGGCAAUAGCAGCGCUGCCCAUCACUUGCACCACCAGCACCAUCUACACCACUCACACCACAUGCAUCAUGCGCACUUGCCGCAUGCCAGCGCUGGCGUCAUGGGCUCCGCGAACAGCAACGGCAACGGCGUCGGCAACAGCAACAGCUGCAGCAGCAGCAGCAACAGCAGUAACUACAUCAUGCCGCACGGCGGCACGAUCAGACGCUUCGUCUCCAGGCUGACGGCGCUCUACUGCAAUAGGAAGCGGCUAACGGACCAACAGAAGGCCGUCUUCUUUGUGGUUUCAUUCGUAUUCGUCACCUUCCUGGUGGCAAUGCUGGUGCACAUGCUCUGUGGCUGAUUCGGCGAUCGAUCGUCUGGCCACUCACAAAUCGUGUCUCAAAAAAGUGAUUGCAAGUCACUCGCAUUUCUAUCUUCUUAUUAUUAUUAUCAUUUUUAUAUAUGUUUAUGUCUGUGUAUAUAUAUAUAUGAAACCAACUGUACAUCUCCUAAAUCUCUAUCUGUAAGAAGGCAACAAUAAUCCCACACACUUUCACAAACAAUUCCUUAAACAACGUCAACAAUAUUAUAUAUAUUAUAGCUCUACAAUGAACAUUCUUAAGAACUCUUUGUUUACAACUUCACACACACACACACACACAUACAUAUAUGUAUGUAUGUAUAUUGGUAUGUGACUAACUGCAUAUUUAAUCGAUUACACACAAGCAUAUGUAUACUACACACAAAAAUCUCCAUAUGUGCUAUAGCAUUUUGUGCAACAACCAACUCUCAAUGUACAUACAACUAAACAAACAAACAAACAAACAAACAAACGAACGAAAUCAACUAAGCUUAACCUAGAAAUUCUUACAACCUUUACCAGAGCCUCUUUUACUGUUUACCGCAUUGUUGUUGAACAUGAAUGUAUGUGUAUGUUUAUGCACUAUAAAUAUUUCGAACGAAGUUAUAAACAAUGAAUACCGAAAAUUAUGAAUUUAUUAGACUAUGCUCUGUCGUGGUAUAAAACUGAUAGCGGGCAUUACUAUAUCUGUGUGUGUUGGCAAAUGCAUAUGUAACUAUAUAUAUAUAUAUAUGUAUCUGAAAACUAAUGAAACUAUGCAAGCAUAAAGAACUUUAGUGCUGCACAAUUGUUAUGGAUAGCCAAAACAAAAAAUAAAUAAAUAAAUAAAUAAA